AUGUUAGAAUAUAUAAAGAAUACAUGUUAUUUUGAAGAAGAAGUAGAUAAAACUAAUGAAGAGAAUGAGAGUGAAGAAAACGAAGAAGAGGAAAAUAGAGAAAAUGAAGAAAAAAGUGAAGAAAACAAGUAUGAGAAUGAAGAAAAUGAAGAAGAGAAGAAUGAAGGAAAUAAAGACAAAGAGAAUAAUAAAAAUAAUAAGAUUGAAAAUGGAGAUGAAGAAAAAGAAGAUAGUGAUGAAAAUAGUGAAAAUACGUUACUAUAA